AGCUGUUCUGUUAACACUACCUUAUAAUGAAUAUACCUUGAUUAAUAUUAUCUUGUCAAAAAGUACGCGUGUUUUUGUAAGUUUGCUGUGACUUUUAACUAAAAAUCAUUUUAUUUAUAGUUUUUUGUUAAUUUAUUUGUGCUAAACAUAUAUUUGAUGGCUUUUCCUACACUAGGAGCACAACAAGAAACAAAUCGUAAAAUUCUGGAAGAUUUACAAUUAAAACGACAACUUUUACAAAAAGGCGUUAAUCCAGUGGCGGAUAUUAAUCUAGGUACCGGUCUCUCUACACCUCUCAACCAGAUGCCCACUACACAGUUGUUGGGUCAACCAACGGAUUUUCCGCAGACCAGCAGUGCCAUAACAGUGCCACGCUCAGUCUUUAAUCCUACAAGUGCCACCACAUUGGGCUAUUUUAUUAGCCAGGACUCGCAUUACGGCAACUCCUUCAUACCGGUCUUACCCCGUUUGGAUCCCGUACCUGCCAAUCAUACCGCUAAAUAGGGUUAACUGCAAAAAACAUCUUUACAAUUUUCUUCUAAUUAUUCUAAAGUAGUGUGUAAAUUUUCAAAAAUGGCUCG